AUGUCAUCAAGGUGGGUGAUCAUAACUUCGCUGUUUCUGCUAAUCUCUUCAAAUAAAAGUGAUGAAGUGGAUGAGGAACCCGCUCCAAGGAUUCACCCCAGGAUAUACGGUGGAAGAGAGACUAGCAACAGCGAAAUUGGCGGAGUCGGUGUGCAGAUCUUUUAUAAAACCAAACUCUUGUGCUCGGGAACACUUAUCACAUCGCGGCAUUUUCUCGCGUCAGCCCAUUGUUUUGAGAACAUGAACCUGAAUAAAUUUCACGUGAUCGCUGGACAUACCCGGGAAUUUAAUCGCCAUGACACAAAUGCCCAGAACUAUAUUCUCCAGUUGCGGUUGCAUCCGGAGUACAACAAAGAGAAGUUCAUUGCCGACAUCGCAGUGGGCAAGAGCACAUAUCCCCUGGAGGGCAAAUACAUUGGGUAUGCCAAGAUCUGCCGGACGCGUUUGCAUCCCGAGGAUAAAGUCACCGUGGCCGGUUUUGGUUCCAGUGACAGUUUCUUGAGUGCCGGCUCGCGGAAAACUCUGCGCUCUAUGAAAGUUGGAAUCGUGGACAGACAUGUUUGCCAGAAGCAACUGCGCAUAUUCAUUCCGUCGAAUGUAUUGUGUGCACGUGCCUAUAAUCAUGAAACUGUCUGCACUGGCGACUCCGGCGGACCACUCAUGUUCCAGAAUGAGGUCUGCGGCCUCAGUACGUGGACUUAUAAAUGCGGCAACAGCAGGAAGCCCGACAUCUACAUGAGUGUACGAUACUACGCUAAAUUUAUCAACAAGACUAUAAAUGCAAUGGGCUUUUAAAAAACACAUUUAUAUAUUGUGUUUAAAUGUUUUAACUCUUCAUAAUACAGUUUAAUUCGCCAGCCUUUUCGUUUAAACUGUACUACAAACAAGAUGAUCCCAUUUAACCCUUAAUUCGUAAAUUAAAUUGCAAUCAAAAAUUCCUUAAAUUGAAUAUGAUCUUUGUCGAGUGUAACUCUAAAAAUAAACUUGAAUUUGAAACCAUA